AAUAUCAUUUUCUGGGUUGGCAAAAUGUAACAACUACUGAAAUAGUUUAUGAAUUAAUACAGUCCGUUGUCCAGUCUCUGUCUCAUUCAGUCAUGUGCUGCUCGGCUCCCACCCUUUCUCCCUCGAAUCUUCUUCUCAUGCUUCUCCACUCUCUCCCCAUUUUCUCUCAUCUUCUUCAAAUCACUCAUUAAUUCUGCAUUAUUUGAUGCCUGGAGAUCAUUCUUGAGCUUCUAAACUGUUUGUGCUUUGUAUUAUAAAUUGAGCUUUGAGGCCCAGAAGAUUUCCAGGUUAUAAUAGUUUGUUUGUUGAUUCAGCUUGAUUUUUGGAUUAAUGGGUAUGUGGGGUUUGAGGGUUUUGAUGCAAUUUUGAGUUGAAUGAUGAAAGUCGAAUGAAUCUAUAGAAAAUUGGGAUUUAGGGUUAUUUAGAAUCUAUGGUUUUGGUAAUGUGUAAUUUGAGGAGUGUUUUUGUGAUCUUUUAAGACCAUGAACAUCUUCAGUAGUGGUUCAUCUUUCAGUAGGAGUACAUCUACAAAUAGGAAGAAUGCCACUGCUAUUGGUAGUCCAAAAGUGUUUCUCCAUAAAGAUAAGUCAGACAACUCCUAUGGACUUCGUCGGGAUAGCUUGAUCUCUCGGAAUUUGUGUUUUCUCUUCAUUACUGGACCAUUGAUCACCUUUUACUUGUGUUUAUCUUUUGGGUAUUUCAAUAUUUUUCCCAAUUUCGGGUUGGUAUUUCCCAAGUAUGGUGCUUCAUCGAGUAAGUGUGAUGUCUUUGAUGGGAGUUGGGUAUCGGACUACAACUAUCCUUUGUACAAUUCUUCUGAGUGUCCUUUUGUGGAACAAGGUUUCAAUUGCUUGGGCAAUGGGAGGAAGGAUAAAAAUUACCUUAGAUGGAGAUGGAAGCCCAAAGAUUGUGACAUCCCUGCUUUUAAUGCAUCUAACAUAUUGGAAAGGCUUCGAGGUAAAAGGGUUGUUUUUGUGGGAGAUUCUAUGAGUCGGACACAAUGGGAGUCCUUUAUAUGCUUGCUUAUGACAGGAGUGGAGGACAAGAAUAGUGUUUACGAAGUAAAAGGAAGGAACAUAACGAAAACCACGAGACACUUGGCUGUUCGCUUUCGUUCCUUUAAUUUAUCUGUGGAGUUUUAUCGGUCCGUUUUCUUGGUUCAACCUGGUAUUGCAACAAAGCAUUCUCCAAAGAGAGUGAAGUCAACACUCAAGCUUGACAAAAUGGAUGACAUCAGUAAGGAAUGGGUUAAUUCAGAUGCAAUAAUAUUCAACUCGGGACAUUGGUGGAUACCGUCAAAGCUAUUUGAAAUGAGUUGCUAUUUUCAGUUAGGUGGUUCACUGAAGCUUGGGAUGUCAAUACCUUCGGCCUUUAAAAAAGCUAUGGCCACCUGGGCUUCAUGGGUGGAAGCUUCAGUAGAUUCUAAAAGAACACGUGUUUACUUUCGUACUUUUGAGCCAUCUCACUGGAGUAUCCAAUCCAGCGCACAUUGCACGGUGAUGCAAUUUCCAGAAUCAGAUUAUGAUUUUAAGCAUCAGAGCCCAUUCUCAGAUGUGGUAAUUGAUAUAGUGAAGAAGAUGAGAUUUCCUGUUAAAAUGUUGCGUAUCACUUCCAUGUCAGCUUCUAGGGGUGAUGCACAUGUAGGCAACUGGAGUGACCGUAAAUCUUUUGCUGAUUGUAGCCACUGGUGUCUGCCCGGGGUACCUGACUUUUGGAAUGAAAUUCUGUUGUCUGACCUUUUCUCUGACAAGGUACUGCCUAAAAAUGAUUGGAAUAGUGUUGAUGUCAAUCUUCAAGUAACAUUUUAUCUGGCCCUUUUUCAUGUCAUUAUUCAUUAUCAUUUUAUUGCAUUACCUUAAACUUCAAUUUUUUUAAUUUUUUUAUUUUUUUAAGUCCUGCUGGGUGGGUGCUCAAAAUUUAAUUUCAACGUUUCUAACCUCUAUUGUCACGUUAAUCAUCUUAACACAACUGUUGAUUUAGAGGGAAGUCUCCUUACCCUUUUGGGCCUUUCCUAUUCCAAGUUCUUUAGCUACUUGGUUGUCAGUUUUGACAGUGCAGUUGUAUUGAAUAAUGAAAUCCCAGAGUGUUUCAUCUCAUGGCAUUAAAUAGAAAAUGCAUUGUUAAACAAUAAUUAUAUUUUUAGACCACAUGUGCUUAGAAAUUCACAUCUUUGAAAGUUGUCAUUUUUAUUGUGUUUUGUGGAUAGGUCAAGGUAAUCCUUUUUUCCAUUUGUUUAUUGGAUUUUGUUAUGCUGAAGGUUCACGAAUAGUUUCCAAAUGGAAUUCUAUACAGAAAGAGGCUGUUAGCCUGUUAGUUGUCAUUCUACCAAAAUAUUUCACUAGAUCAGAUGAAAGCUUCAAUUACUCUAUUACUAAGUACUCCGUAACAUGUAUAGUACAAGGCAUUUUCAUUUCAAGUAUCCAUGUUGAAUAACCAAAAUCAUGCAGACUUUUGAAUUGCGUUACAUGUUUGUAUCCAACAUUUAAACACAUUCCUGUUUUGGAGUACUUGUCAAUUUGGGAAUUGUACUUCCAGCUCCUCCUUGGAUAACUCGUUGCUUUAAACAUUCUUCAGGAUAUAUCAACAUAGUUCUAACAUUCAUUUCACUCUUG